AUGGCUGGCUUCGAAACGGCCACUUUGCAGGAACUCGUUCAACAGAAAGAAAACGAGUGGAGAGAAGCGCAAGAACUCCAGAUCAAAUCGCUGCAAAGUGCUCUGAAGGAAAAAGAGAGGCAGCUCUCCAACGAAAAAGUCCGAUUUAGGAAGUUGAAAGAGGAUUUCGAAUACAAUUUGAAACUGUUAGAAGAAAGAGACCAAGAACUUCAGAGAUAUGAUGCACUGUUUUUGCAAGUGAGAAAUAUUAACAGUGCAAGGGAUGGUGAAGUUAGUGACCUGAAAAUUCAGCUGGAUGAGCUCAAAGUCAAACUAUCACAUGAAGAGAAAGCCAAGGAAGAGCUGCAAAGGCACUACCAACAGGUAUCAGAUUUCAGAAUAAUGCACUACCAUAAAUUCUCUAUUAAGUCCCCCUCUCAAAAAAGCCCACUUCCUCCAAUAUGGCCCCCCCCCCCUUUUUCAGGGGAAGAAAGGGAAUAAGCCUUCCCUCUCUGUUAAGCCCCCACCCCUCCCCAUCCCAAAUUAUUCUUCACUAAUAAAUGAUUGACUUUUUUACUCAAUCACAACUGUAAAACUUUGUGUGGACUAAUCCAGGAUGCUCUAUUUACCAACUGGAAGUUUGGAUUUGAUACUGAUCUUCAGCUGCAUGACCUAAAACUUCUUGUACCUGAGCCUUUCCACUAUGUAUUCUAGUUCUUUAUGGAGUACUGAUACCAUCGUCUUUGUUCCGGGCGUCUUGGGUUGACUGUGAGCAGAAGGAAUUUCCUUUAGUACUCCAUGUUUAAAGCUCGUUAAUGGGCCAUUCAACAAAAUGAAUGCAUCGCAAGUUUGAACAUAUUCAUCCAACGAUAAACCACUUUUAUAGCCAAUAUCUCUCAAGGAAAUACACAAAUAAAGACGCCAGACAAAGGUUUAUUCCCUAGCUCUAAAUGUCAACAUAAGCUUCCAUUCGGUUAAAUCUUAGGUAUUUAAGCAAGGCAGCAACAAUUUUCCAGUGAAUAAAGCCAGACGGUCCACCUAGCCUUAACAAUGUCAGAUCCAGGGGAGAGGCCCCAGGGGCCCAGCCUCCUCCCCCUUAUUUUUAGACCCAAAAAAAUUUUUUGGAGACCGGCUCCCCCCCCCCUUAUCUCAAGGUCUGGAUUCGGCACUGCUUAACUACCUGGGGAGAACACUGCAAUAGAGAAACACUGUGUUCAGGGGUCUGUACAUUUGUAUUUUGUUUAAAUUCGUUGCAUCAGUCAGUAAUGCUUGGACCGAAACAGCCAUAUCAUAAAAAGCAUGGCCAAGAGACAGUUGGGCAGCAGUCGGCAAAGGAUCAUGGAACAAACUAUUGAGGAGUUCGGUACGGGUCAGUUACAGCAGGAGGGAUCUCCGUGAUCCACAUCUUUUCGCCAAUUUUAGCCAUAAUUAUAUGUAUACUAAAAUUCAGAAUAGUUUCGAAUAAAACAAAUUUAUCCUAUCCAAAUUGUUAAUUUUUCACGAGGAAGUGCUUAAAAUACAACUGUAACAUGACUCAGUUAAAAUUAAACAGGAUGUUGGCUUAGGACAACUUACAGUGUUCAUGUACAUGUAUGUAAAACCUUUUUUGACAGCGCUUGAGAGAACACCAACAGGAAUUGAACCAGUUUAGGCUUGUCAAAGAGAAUGAGGUCAACAAAGAGCGAGAAGAGUUUGAGUCUUUCAAAAGAGAAUUACAGAUUCAGCUGAGGUACAGUGUAUUAUUUUUCAAGCUUAGUGUGGACAGUAGGCCAAAGCCGAGGAAAGAGAUUCAUUUAACAAGCACAGUUUUUGAACCACUUUCUUUGCCAAUAUUACAGCAACACACACACAAAAAAACUCAACAAUAAGGAACUGAACAUAACUCCCAUCUGUACAAGCAUUGUCAAGUAUCAAAUGCAGUUCUUAGUCCCAAUAGUGACCAACAUCAAUUUUCUCCUAACAAUAUCCAUACAAUGUCAAGAGAUUAGGUCAUGAGAAUUAAUAAAAUGAUCACCUAAGAGAAAAUGCUUUGAUCUUUUAUCAAAUUCUCUCAACUCAUUCUUUAAGGAAAUGUAUAGAGAUCAGUUUGGAGAAUUUGUACAUGUAUAUUGGGGCUUAAAGGGUUAACUGUUACAGUUUACUAUUGGUUUUUUUCACAAAUACAUUUUGAAGGUUUUGUUUUGAUAAGUUAUCCCAUUACUUGCAGGGCAGCUGAAGAAGAUGUGGAGUCACAGAGACAGGAACUAAUGGCAGGGUUUGAUGAUGCUCUGCGUAAGAGAGAGCAUGAGUUUAGAAAAAAGGCAGAUGACUUAAGUAACUCUUUACUGGCCAGUGAACUCAAGGUAGGCUGAACCUAAAAAUGAGUUGGAUUGUAACAUAGUUAGUUAAAAAGACAGCUACAUGUACGUGUAUUAUCUUUUAGCGUUGGUUAAUUGUGGGGACCCAGGUCCAAUGAAGGGAAAUAUACCGGUAGCAACAUAAUUAUAGCCAAAGCCCCUUAAUAUCACUCACUCACUCAACCUCUUCAUCCUGCCGGGAACAUAAGAGCCCUUAAUAUGGACACCGAAAAGCAGAGCUAAAUUUAUGUAGUACAGAAAAAGGAAUUAAUGUUUUGUAAGGCAGGAUUGUAUUAAGUUUGCCAUCUCUGGGAGAAACUACAUGUGUAAUAGAGAGGUGUGUGUGCGUAUGGAGGGAUACAACUACCUUUACAUGUUAAGCUACGAGAAGUUGUAGAUACUGUGGGUUGCUACUCAAUAAUAAUUUUUUUUAACAUUGUUGCCCUUCCUUGGUUUAAAAAAUUUGUAUAGGAAUGCCCAUACAUGUAGUUUUCAAAGAACUAAAUUCCCCUCCCCCCACUGUUCAUCAUGCUGAGACAAUGUUUAUUUUAGAGAUAUCAAUUGAUACUGAAAAUGUUUAUGAUAAUACACCCUGUUAUUUACUUUAAUUUUGAGUACUAUCACCAUUUCUUCCGGCAGAGUAUUACAUCACUACGUGAUAAAUGUUUGGAUUUUGAAAGUUUUCACAUAAUUUGAAAAUUAUCAACAUCCAUAUUUAUGUAUGUUAGAGGUCAAAAUUAAAUUCAGGUUAAGAAUUUUUUAACCUAGGUUGAUUCCCUAUUUCCUUUUUCUCUCAGUCCUAAUUAUAAAUGAAUUAGGGCUAGGAGACAGGAAAUUGAGCAUCAACCUAAGUUAAAACAUUUUAAUCUGAAUUUAAUUUUAACCUGUAAUAUGCACUUUAAGAUUAAAAUGCUUACAAAGGAGCUGGAGCUAGUCAGAGUAAGUGGAGAAAAAACUAAAGACGAACUGGAGGGAUCUGAAACAACUGUUGACAAUUUGGAAAAACAGCUGAAACAGAAGGAUUGGGAGUUAACAGAUCAACAGAGCAUGCACAGAGCUAAAGAGGCUGAAAUGGAAGCAGAGGUUGAACAACUGAGAUCUGCUUUUAGCAAGGCACAAGAUCGAUUUCAGCACAAGCAUGCAGAGCUGGAUCGUUAUGCUAAAGAGAAGGAACAAGCCCUUGUUGCAGCUAAAGAAGUAUGCAUAGCCUGCGAAAACAUCCAUUUCUCCUCGCUCUUCGCCGCUAGGCAUGUUUCGCGCAGAGGAACGUCUGUGACUCAGCGACAGAAAUUCCAUACUGAUGACAUAAAAUCUGUCCAGAAUCCGGUCAGAAGUGCUGAUUGGUGGACGGAGUAGUUACAUUGUUUUAGUUAUUGUUUACGAAUGAUAGACAAAAGACAAAAUGCCACAAAGGUCAAAGGUUAAAUGCAAAAAGCCUCUAACAAAACAGUCAAUAUUUAUGUAGUAUAGUCUUCCCUAGAAGAAGCAUUUGAGUUUUGCUGGAGCGAGUUGACAGAUGAACUCAAUACUUUUCCAAAAUCAACCACAAGACACGUAGAAAUGGACAAAUGUACAUUCGGAACCCUAUGACUUCGGGAUUUAUUAUCUAAACAUUGAUUUGCGUCAUCAGUAUGGAAUUUCUGUCGCUGAGUCGCAGACGUUCCUCCACAAGAAACUUCCCCAGCAGUGAAGAAUGAGGAGAAAUGGAUGUUUUCGCAGGCUAAAGUAUGCAUGGUUUAAGAGAAACAAACCCAGAAUGCAAUCUAUGAUGCUAUAAGUAGAUGUUAACAGAAACCUCAGCAUGACAAAAGUGUUACACUCAAAGUUCUUACCUUACACCCUGAAAUCCCCUAGAUAUUUAUAAUAAAUAUUAAAAUCUGUACAUCUGAAAAUGGCUUUUGAUACUGAUCUCUCUUUAACUCUUCGAAAAUAUCAGAGCUUACACUUUGCAUCCCUUGUGUUAAUAACAGCAUAAAUUUUUAUGUCAUCCGAUCUAGUGUUUCACUUUCACGGCCUUAAUUGCUUGGAAUAGUAUUGCAUAGCAUAUUCAAGAUGUGUUCUAGAAAAUACCCAAGAAUACCUCACAUGAAAGGGUUUCUGGUUUUAACUUCCACACCCAUCCAGAAAUUCAACACAUACAUGUAAUUUAACUUUGCGAUUCCUCUGUAUGUACAUCACAGUAUGACCUUCCAAUUGUGAAGUAGGGAAAACUUGUUUUUUAAUUUUUAUUUCCCAUAAGAGCUAUAGUGGGCUUGAAAGAAGUUUAGAAGAGAAGAUCCGUACAUUGCAAAAUCAGCUGGAAACAGAACAGGUUGAGUGUCGCAGAUUGGUUUGGGCUAACAGUGAUGCUGUGAAGGAAAGACAGCUGGAAGUGCAAAGGUAUAAAAGAGUUUGUGAUACUACAUGAUGUUGUUGUGAUUUAAGUUCCUACAAGGUCUGAAAGCUUUCUAUUCUUGUAGACCAUGGCUAUGAAUUCCAGAAGAAAAGAGAAAAUAAUGGUGAAUUUGCAUUGAAUUUUCCUAACCAAUCAUAUGAGGGAUUGUUGUAUCUGUCAGGUGCCUCCUUACUUUUACAUCUCACAAGAACUCUGAUCACUUGUAACAUCAAGUGAGCUCAGCCAUAACAGGUUUUAUGGGUUACAGCCCUCAAUGAACCUUCCGCUCCCUUUUAAUAUCAUUAUUAUUUAAUGUUUACGUUGUUAUAAUAAUUAUUAUUACCUCAUUAUUCUACAGGGCCCAGUUCCUGAAAUGAAAAGUAGUGCUAAUCACUUUGUGCUAAUCCAGGAAGAACUGUUUUGUUGACAAUAACUAUUGUACAAUAUAUUUACUUUCCUAUAGACCUCUUUAGCUUGUAUGUUUUGUUUUCCCAAUAGAGGUCCCGGAGGAACUUGAUCCUUUGCCUUUUCAUAAAUUAUGCAUACAUAUACAUGUGAAUAAAACGAAAUUUGAAAGAAACAGUUCUCUAGGGUAUUGUCACAUGACUUGUAUUGGGAAAAAAAACUUACAAACUAAAGAGGUCUAUAGAUUGUUUACAGUAUCAUUUUGUAUUAUCAUUACUGAAACUCAGAUUACAGGCUAAGUUAUACUGUUACUGUACAUGUACCAUUAUAUUAAGCUUUUGGUGCAUGCUCCUUGACUUGAAAACGUUGCUUAAAAAUUGGCUAGCCCUGGAUGACACAUAGCCACCUCUCGAGUAAAAGGGCAUAGACCUUUAUGGCAAGUAAUAUUAUGAUAAUUAACAAUUAUUAUUAUUUAUUCUGCUGUUUUGGCAUUAUUUCACCUUUCUAUUAGCAAAAGUUAAAUUAAGGAACAAUAUUUUGUCUCUUUAUUCAUACCUGUUAACAUCCCGUAAAAUUCCGAAAAUAAGUCCCGGGGCUUAUAUUUUUGAAGGGCCCUUUUUGAGGGGCUUAUUUUUGAAGGGGCUUAUAUGCAGAGGGGCUUAUCUACAGAGGGAUAUUUGCGUUUCAAAAUCAAUUGGGCUAGCCUUAUAGUUGGAAGGAAAUUUACCAUUUUUGCUUUGUUUUAAUUUGUAUUUGAGGGCAAUUUUCCAACUACAGGCCCCCGGGGGGCUUAUAUUUGGAGGGGCGAUUUAACGGAGGGUGUUUUGCAUUACCAGUUGGGGGGCUUAUAUUUGGAGGGGCUUAUAUUCGGAAUUUUACGGUAUAUUAGGUUACAAGCAACCAUAGCUGAUCUAGGAAACAAGCUUGACAAGCAGGCAGCUGAGUAUUCUCAGUCCACAGUAGCUCGUGACUUGGAACUAGAGGCCCUGAGACAACAGGAAGAGAAGAUGAGACUUGAGACUGUACAAAUCAAAGAGGCUACAGACAGGUUAAUACUUUGUUUUUAAACAACUGACAGUUACUACAGUGAAACUUGUAUCAAGGGACACUCAUAUUAAUAAUAAUUUAAUAAUUAAGAACUUAUAUUGUGCAGUUUUCAUGACGAGAUGAUCAACUGCACAUUACAACAAUACAAAGAAUAAAAAUAACUAAAUGAUAAAUAAGAAUUACAUCAUGUGUUGUGUAUAAUAUCAAAAAACCUAACUAUGAAUAAAAAGCUUUACUGAAGGGUACGUCUUUAGAGGAUUUGCUAAAAGUAAAAUACAAAAAUUACAUAGUUCUGUGUAGGUAUUAAGUAAACCUAACUAGGAUUGAAAAGCCUUACUAAAAAGAUUUGUCUUCAAAAUUUUUUUAAAAGUGUCAACAGAUUUGGCCAUUCUAAUUUCCAGAGGUAAAUUGUUCCAGAGUUUAGGAGCCGAAGCAACGAAAAUACGGUCGCCCAGGGUUGUUAAAGUUUUCAUAGGACACUAGCUGGUGUCUGUUCAGUGAAGGUGUCUUCUUAGUUCAGGUUUGUUUAUUAUAAAGAACUCAUGGAAGGCUUGUUUUGCAAACCUAAUUAUCAGGCAUAAUCAUACAUUUACCAAUUGAUUUCAUUUGAUUCUUGUUUCAUUUUCACAGUUACCUUGAUGUAAGUACUACCCCUAGUUUAUCGUUUUUUACUUAGAACAUCAUGUAGUUUCUCGACCUCAUAGUGGGGCUUUCUCUUUGAGUCUUCCAGGCCUCUUGGCAAAGUUUGUACAGCUGUAUAUAAAUAUUAAAAUAGAUACUAAGGAAGAGAAUUACUACUUUUGGAUGUACUGUAUGUGUUAUUGCUUGUGCUCUUGUUUUUGGUGUUAACGAUUUUUAAUUACUGUAAUCUAGGUACAAAAAAGAGCUCACUUUAGCCAUGGAGCGAGAGGCUUCCUUAGAAAGAUCCAGAGCCCAGUUGGAAGUUGACUGGCAGCGAUGCUGUGAGGACACUGAAAGAGAAGUGUACAGCAAACAGGAGCAACUCAUUACUGGUCUCACAAAGCAAAGAGAUGAGGUAAAUGUACAAUCAUCAGUGGGAUUUUCUGGAAAAGUGAAUUAAAGCUACAACCAUGUCCAUUUCAUCAGAUUCUGAGCCUGGCAUUAGACUAUUUUAUUUGGUUUAAGAACAACUGACCCGGGGACCUGACGUGGUGGGUACUAACAGAGGGCUACAAAUAAAGGGGCAUUCCUGCAUAGCAUUUGUGUGUGUUAAAAGUGGGAAGGUGGUAACUUAAAAGCUGAUAACUGCAAAUAAAACUCCGACAUUUUGGCAAUGCUGCUUUCAUCAGGGCAAAUAUGUGAGUUCGUUGUAGCGGAAAAUUUUAAAAGUUGAAAAUGCGCGCCUAAGUGACUUGUGCGCGCGCAAGUCACGUGAAGGAGAAAUCUGGAUUGAGUCCACCCAGUGUGGGGGUGCCAAAAUUAUGAAUAAAGUGCAUCUCCUCGCGUCUUCUUUUGUCUUGUUCGGGUAGACUAGCUCUUAUCACGGCUACUUGCAUGUCCUCCAACUGGUGGUCCACUCCCGCAAAAUGGACAGGCACUGGCAGGGCCACUAACUGAGGGCUCUCUGCCUCUAUAAUGAAAACCAAUGACACUUUUACCAUUAAAGAUGUGCUCUAAGAGGAGUCCAAUUUGGUUUUGUAAUCUUAUGAGUGAUUAACAAAUACGGGGCCAUCCGAUUUGUUUAGUUAUGAGUAUGAUCACAGACUGAAUUGGACAACAGGAAGUUCUGUUACCAAUCAGUCAUAACUACAACAAAAUCUGUUAUGCUUUAAGUUUUUUAAAGAUUUUAAGAAUAAAAUAAAAGCUAUUCCAAGAGUAUUUUGCUAGAAGUGAAAACAAAAACAUUCUAUUGCACACGCACGAUGCCACUUACUGUCCAAUUACUUAGGCAUAACGCAUACUGUCUUACACUGUCCUAUUAAUGAUGAAGUCAGUGCAGUUGAUAGCCAAUCAGAUUUGAGAAUUUUGUUAUUGUGAAGAUUAAAACUGAUAUUACCUAACAUCAUUAUCUUUAUUUUGGAGCAAGUGUAUUAAGCUAUAAUACAGUUAAACUUCUCCUUAUGGACACCUCUCUUGGUCCCAAAGAUGCCCAAUUUCAUGCAGUUUAUACUUCUACAAUGUAGGCACCUUUCUCUAUUCUAGACUGUUCUCUUGGUCCCAAAGAUACCAAACGUCAUACAUUCCCUACCUCUAUAAUACAGACACCUCUGUGAUAAGGAAACUUAGCUCUGUCCCUUUGGUGUCCUUAAUAAAGAGUUUUAAUGUAGUGUCAAAUGCUACUCAGCAGGGUUGUCACUAAGAUUUCAAGUUGCUGGGUAAAUACAACAGGUAGGCGGGGAAUCAAACAGCUUAGGGAUUUCUUUUGGUUUUAUUUGUCUUCUAUUUUAAUAUGAAAGCACCCAGGGGCCACGUUCAUAACAGCCGGAGAAAUCCCCGCCCCCCGGCUCUUAAUGACAGCCCUGUGCUACUGUAAUUUCUGGAAGUACAAUCAUGGCUUUCGUGUUUAUUUUUGUCAGUCUGUGGCAUUAGCUCAAGAGCGAGAGCGGGAACUGGCUCAGCGGGAUAGCCUGAUACGUGUAUUGACUGAGACCAGAGAUCAGGCCCUUGUCACGCUUCAGAGACAUGGUCUUGCCAUUCCAACACAGUUUCCCAGUAAGGAGAAACAGACGGCAAUCAAUGCACAUGGCACUGCUGAUCAACAGGAUUUACCUGCAGAAGAGAAGAUCAAAGCCUUGGAAGUUCAAAAUGCUGAUUUAAGGGCUGUGAUCAGACAAAUGCGACAUGACAUGGAGGAUCUUAACAACCAACUGGCUGGCAGGCCUCCUUCUGUUUUGGUACGAGGCAGAGAUGGUGGGGAGGGGCCUUCUGUACCACUUACCAAAGGUAUGUUGCAGUGCCUGGUUGGUCAUGGUGAUGUCACUGAAUUCAGUAUAACCCUGUAUAACAAUGUAGUUACGUAGAACAAACUUAGUAACUUAGAACAAACGCCACUGAAUUGUAGUCAGCAGUCACCAGCACCUUUCAAACGACUCAUUGACAGACUGGGGCAAAACUGACAACCAUUGACUGAAAAUUUGACUAACAAUUAAGAACCGUUAUAACUGUGAAAAAAGACGGAUCGAAGCACACCAAUCUCACAUUUAGUCUUUAUAGCCUAUAACAACGAUAGAAAAGAUUACGAUUUUAUUGACCAAUCAGUUCAAUAAUCAGAAUUAAAUACCAUCAACUGACUUGCUUCCCACAAGUUGUCAAAACAUCGUCACUUUUAACAGUCCUAUUCAGAACUUUAUUCACCCAGAUGAUCAUAUUCCACCUUCUCAUGAAUUCAGUAUGUCACAUGCCUGGAAAUGAUUUGUGAACACAACAAGCACUUCUUAUAAUAAUCUACAUAAAUUACUAGAAGCAAUGAGAGGAGUACUAUGAAUUACCUUUAUCCGAAAUGUCAUCUUUCGGUUCAAAAUGAUAACUGGGUUAAAAUGCAUCCAUAAACUGUUACACUCAAGAAUUUAACGCGUAUUGCUUGUUCAUUUCUGUAUUUGUAUGCACUCACUUUCUUCAUCAAACAUGAUAAACCCAUUCACUCUUCAGACGAUCAAAACUGCCUUGUAUUUUAUUUUUAAAGAACACGAUCCUUUUACCACAGUCAUGUCGCCAGUUUAAAAGUGCUCAAAGACCUCACAACUCCCAGACUUACUGACUUGCCAAUAAACUCUCUUGCCAGAAUACGUUGAGUCAUUGGAAAAAGAAAUCACAGAAUUAAAAUCAAAGAACAGAACACUGCGACAGAGGAUGGAAGAAGUGGCAUCUAAAGCCUCCAAACCUCCUCCGUAUGGUCGGUCUGCACUCCCUGGAACUCAGGCACAAGAUCCAUUUAUACAGGCCCAUAUCAAGGAACUGAACGGAGCAGUUGGUAAUAAUAAUAAUAAUAAUAAUAAUAAUAAUAAUGAUAAUAGUUAUACUAAUGAUAAACAAUUAUUGGAUGAGGUUUUUGUCACAGGAAAAAUUAACGGAUACCCAUUUUUGGAUAUUUUAGGGUAUUUAAAGAAUACCCAUAAAAAUCCCAAAUUUGGCAAAGUGAGACAAGUCCCAACCCGGGAAUUCCCAACCAAGUUCCCUGAUUGGGACUUGUCUCACUCUUCCAAAUUUGGGAUUUUUGUGGGUAUUCUUUAAAUAUCCUAAAAUAUCCAAAAAUGGAAAUCGGUUAUUUUUUCCUGUGUGUGAUAUCCCGAAUAAUCAAGGUCGAGGUAAGUGUUAUCAGCCGAGCCUAACUGAUCUGUAGGUUGCGCUGAUUCCCAAAAUUAGCUGUAGGCUCUUAGCCAAUAAGAAAACAGAUAAUGAGUACAAUGUGUAAUAAUAAUAACUAGUAAUAACUAAAGGUUACGGAGUGCGGGCGACAACGAUCGAAGGUCAAAACGCUUUUGCUCCAUCACUGUGCUUUGCUUAAGUUUCACGUGAGAGAUAGUCAAAACACGUGUGAUCAGAUUACAAGUGAUAGAAGGUCCAAACGUGCGUGAUCAAAUUGCGCUCUAUGCGCUCCAUUCAUUCUUAGUGGAAGUCCAAACGAGUGCUGGCUACAUACAUGCGACGCAUGCGUAAUAACAACCUGGAGAUUAGGAUUGCGGACUCCUCCUGUCGCCCGCAAUAAAACAGUCAUCUCUCUAUCUAGGACUGACACCUUUUGGGACGGGCACUAAGUGUCCGUCUUAGAGAGAUGUCUAUCUUAAAGAGGUGUCCCUUAUGAGAGAGACGACUGUAAAAUCAAGGAACUGCACGGAGCAAUUAUUAGUAAUCUAACAUGUGGCACACGGUGAUGCCAGAUUCUGGUAUCAUGAGUCAGAGGCGAUGAAAAAAGUCUAAAGGAUCCCAUACCGUUCGUUCUUCUCUCCACACCACCCUCCCCUGGGAGCCCAUUCACAAGCUUAUGGAUAGUCUUCAUACUUUGUCUUUGAGCAGGCGCUUUACGUCAGGAAAAGCUUGAGCUGACCGCACAAGUGAAGAAGCACCAAGCUACUGUGGAUCAUCUUCAAGGAUCAUUGAAUCAAGCUCAUGAGGAGGUAUGGUGAUAAAACAUACACUGUACAGAGAGAUCAGCGUAUGGUAUUGUUAUUGUUGUUUAUGUGCUGCUUUGGGAGACAUUUUGAGAUUUGCUCUGUUCACUGGACUGUCUCAUCCCCAUAUGCAUAUGGAAUACGUUUCGGUAUCACCAACUCAGGGCUCUCAUUAACUUUGAAAGUAGCAGAGAAAGUAGCCGGUUAUUUAGCCAACGAAUCGUCCCAUAUUUGUUAUGUUUGACUCAUUUUCAAACUCGGAAUAGCUGGCUGACUUUGCUAACAAAGGGUCAAUAUAAGUAAGGAGCAGAGUGACGUACCUGGGGAGACAAAAAUACAAGUUUUUUGAGCUCAAGCCUUGCGUAUUUCAUUUUGUUCAAUGUCAAGUUCAAAUUAAAGUAAGGAUAGACAAUGAUAACACAAAAACCCUGAGCGAGGAUUCUGACAUCAAUGUUGGGAUUUGAAAGAGCAAUAUGGAUCUCUAGACGGCCUAGAUGGUCAAUUGAUGGAGUGGAUAUUUCGCUAUUUUUAAACUCUCUUGAUAUGUUUGCCCAAAGCAUAUUAGUUUUGUUGAGCUUGUUACAGUUUUAAGAAUCGCCUAUUAUUAUUCAUUCAAAAUAUUUCCCCGAUUCUGAUUGGCUAAAAGCACGCGCAUAAUUAACCAUAACCAGUUACUGAUGACCAAAUUUGGGAGAAUUUUGUGUUUAACGAGGAAAUGACGUCAAAAGUGCAGCCUUCUGCAGGUUGAUGCACCGUUAACUGAGAAGACCUGGGGACGAGGCUGAGUUGUUUUGGUCGGAAAAAAAAAUAGCGGACAUUUCACUCGUUUCAAGAGUAAGAACUACAGCUGGAACUAGGCGAAAUAAUAACUAAAAAACAUGGCAAAAACAGCAACAAGACAACUCGGAAGGCGACAUCUGCUAUUUGGAGAAUAUUUGUGUAGCUGGACAAACCUAAAUACACACUAUCGAAAAUGAACAUCGAUGCAGGUAAGCAUGUUUUAGCUAUGUUUUUAGACUAGGAAAUAUUUUGAAGGAAUAAUAAAACAAUUAAUGAAUGAGGCUGAGUAGGAUAUGAAGAAUUAAGCAGAUCGAGAAGGGUGUUAUCCACCUCGGCCUUCGGCCUCGGUAGAUAACACCCUUUUCGAUCUGCUUAAUUCUUCAUAUCCUACUCAGCCUCAUUCAUUAAUUGUUAAUUAAACAUCCCCGCGUGGACCCCCAAAGUUAAAUAGAUGCCCCAGGCGUUUAGUAGGUCAUUUAUGGUAUUUAACUGUAGUUGUCUUAAUGGCUUUGUGUUUUAGGUUCGCCAGAAACAGUUAGCAGUAGAUCAACUGCAGUACGAGCUUACAACUCAAAACAGACGUGCAACUGAUGAGCUUAGCGCCCUAAAACAGCGAAUAACAGAACUGGAACUGCAGCUUAUUCAGACCAGAAGAGAGGCUGAUGAGUACUUCAAAAGUGGACUGGAAAGGAAUGCUGAGGCCACUUCCUUGGGGAAUCAGGUAGCACUUCAAAUACAUUCAUCACUUUAACAUUGCCUGUAGUAAAGACCUUUAGGGGCCGACCAUUUAACUCUUAAGGGGGGCUGGUGGGUGAUUUCUGGUCAUCAAGAAUUUUUUUUCUAGCAAUCUGGUGGGCAGGAUAUUUUUUUCCCUUUUUUCCCAUAAGCUUUCUAUUACAUUUACAUUUGUGCUGCAUGCAAUUUUUUUCUUCAGACAAGCGCUUGCAGGAAAUUUUUUUUCAAAAUCACCCCCUUAGUGUCUAAGACGAGGACUGACGACUACGAGAACGAGAUGUUCUCAAUGCCCAGAGGUGCGCGCGCGUCAACCAGCGUUAUUUGGGCGGGAAAACAUCCAGAUCGAGGUUUAAGUGUUUGGCAGACAAUAAUGUGAUAAAACUAUCUUUUGACAAAACAACAUGGACUGGUUUGUUACCUAGGACCCGUUCUUUUAAUCUUGAGAUUUAGAUUUAAACAUUUGUCCAUAGAAACUGGUCAUCACUUAAAAAAUUGUGUCGUAAUUCAAAAGUAUGAUCUCUUGGCUGCCCUACAUUGACACAACGACGAAGUCAAAGUUAAGCUUCGAACGCAUUGCAUUGUCCUCGCAAGAUGCCAAUCUCAAUUGUGAUGUUAUGACCAACUGAUUUGGAUUGUCUUUUUUUUCUACUUCAGCUGUCAACACUUAAAGUGGAACUUGCAUCCCAGGGGGGAGGGGGUAAGCUGUUUAAUCCUCAGGCCUCAGUUGUUAAACAGCUUCAAGAAGAAAUUCUUCGUCUCCGAAGACAGCUUUCAUCAGGUAGGUAUAAACGUCAGUCACUUCGCUGCAUAUGGAAGUCAUUCUGAUAUGCGUAGAGCAUUUAACAGUAGCGAAACAAGCGGAUACCAAACAGCAUGCUUACUACUCCAUUCAGUGUUGUUCAGGAUCUCCUGCAUAAGUGGAUCGCGGCCUUUCAAACAACUCGUUAUUGCCGAGAGGUCUGCCGAUAACCCUUCACCCGGACAACAAUCCAUAAAGCGACUUUGAAUGAAGUGCAAAAUAUCCUGUGCGUGUCACUUUCAUGGAAAGUAGUGGUGUUUGCAUAUGUUACCUUGAAAAAUCUAUUAGAAACAUAGUCGCAAGCUCCUUAACUAAUAAACUAAAGUGCUGCUACUAAGAAUAAAAAUACGAUAGAGUAUAAAUAGGAAGGGACAAACAUUUACCCUAGUAGCAUAGACAUGGAACGCGUUAUUUUUUUUAAUUGCUCGUUCUGUCUCUAGUAUGCAGCACAUCGUAAUUUUUUACAUUCUUUUCAUGUUCAACUAGGUGUUCAAACCAGCAACGGCAACGAAGCCUCCUUCGACCCAUAUCCUGCCUCUAACGCGUCUCGCUUACACAGCAAACUGCAAGAAGCGGCGAGGCGCAUAAGCCAGCUGUCUCAAGAGAAGGAACAGCUCAUUCAGAUGGGAAACAGAUUGAGAGCUGAACUGACAAAGUUUACAGGUAAAGUCUUCUUUUUUGGUGAAAUACACUGUAAAUUAAAGAGAUCUGUUUCAGCCCCAAAGUGUCAAUUCAGCCUUGCAGGCCAAAGUCUGAUUCAGCCCUUCCCGGAGCCAUUUGAGCACAAUUUAGGCCAAAAAAGCUCUAUCAAAAGGCUAUUCCAGCCCACGGUAGGGCCCAUUUCAGCCCUGGGACCAAAUCAGCCCUAGCUAAUUGGACUUUAUUGGCCCUGAUUUAAGGGAGCCAAAUUAGACCCAAAAAUAGGACUGUAUUUUACUCACCGAAACGGCCCUGUUUUUAGGGCUCAAACAGAUCUUUCUGAUUUAGAGUGUAUCUCGUAAAAUAUACUGUAGAGCUGUAGAUUAGCCAUCAGCCAUUCAAGGACUUCAGCAAUCCAACAACAUGACCUAACAGUUUCAAUCUGGGUUUGGGGAGUCGUCAGGAAAGCCAAAUAAAACAGUUCUGAUCUUUUACAAAUACAGAUCGUUUUAGAUUCAGCUUUUCAUUUAAUUGUACCUAUUCUGGCCGGAGAACCAUAUAUUUUCGUUUUCUUUUUUAGAUAUAAUUGGCCCAUAACUCGUUGAUUUUUCGAACCUGCUGCUUUCGUUUAAAGUAUCAAAUAAAAUAAAGGCGAUUUACAACUAUUUUCAUUGUACGAAAAUGCAUUUUAGUUUCGUUCAUGCCACUGACUUUAUUUUUGACGUGGCUUCGUAUAAAAUAAAACGCACGAUACAGGCAACUCUUUUAGCAGACUGACACUUUUCAACGGUCACUUUAAUGUGGUCCUUGCCGCUCUUCAGUCACUUGUCUACAAUGGACACUUAGUGAGUACCUCAGGUGUGUCCAUCUAAAAGGGAGUCUCACUCUGUUGCGUAACACUUGGGUCAAAUCACAGGUGGUAGAAAGAGUGCUCCCCCUGGUUCCAUAUCUGUCCAGACGUCCAAGCCCCAUACCGCCUCUAUGGGAAAGACCCCAAGGAAGCUGAAGGAUGAUAUUCACAGUCAGCUUAAUGCUGUGGAAAAGCUUCAGUACCAGCUCACCUCUCAUGAGCUCCAAUAUGCUCAGCGCAUGGCUCAGAGCGAACAACAAGCCGUUGACAAGGUCAAGGUCACCGUUGUCUCAAGCUCCAGUGAUUCUAAUGAAGGUUUGUGUGUGUUAACUUAUGGCCGAAUGUGCACGGUCACAACGUUUAUCGUGCGCUUUGUAGCCUGCGCGGCAGGCGUUUGAAAAGGAAAGGAAAGGGGGGUUUGGGCGCGAGGGAGACGCGAGGGCCGCGCCCCCUCGAGUUUCUCUCGCGCCUAAAACAACCUUUCCCUUCCCUUUCAAACGCCUGCCACGCAGGUUAUGCGCUUUGUUGCUGUGAUGAGGUAAGAACGAACCUAACCGACGACGUAAACAAAAGCACCAAAUACAUACGUAGUAGUGUGCAAAUCUGUAUUGCCUUUUUCUAGGAAAACAGGCGCUGUAGAUUACAAUAAAUAAAUAAAUGAAUAAAAAUAAGUGAGUAAGUAAAGAUGUAGAGGUAACAAAUCCACAUAGUGGUUAUUCGUCUACCAUUCCCGAUCGUAUUGGAAUUUGAAAAUGUUGGUUUUUGAAGAGAGGGGAAAACCAGAGCACCCAGAGAAUAAGCGUAAAAUUCCGAAAAUAAGCCCCUCCAUGUAUAAGCCCCUCCAAAUAUAAGCCCCCCGGAGACUUGUACUUGGAAAAACUGCCCUCAAAUACAAAGUAAAACAAAGCAUAAACGGAAAAUUUCCUUCCAACUAUACGGCUAGCCCAAUCGAUUUUGAAACGCAAAUUUCCCUCCGUAAAUAAGCCCCUCCAAAAAUUCUCGGCUUGCACUGUCACGCAAUGAAAAAUAAAAAUGCAAACCAUUUAAUACAGAAGGACUAGAAUCUGGGAAAUGAAAAAAGAUAAAUAUACAAAAACUCUUGCCAAGAAUCAGGUCUGUGAAACAUUUCAAAUGCGAGAUAUUGGGAAAAACGGUUUACCAAAAUUUAUAAAGCUUUGUAUGGAAACGCCAUGUUGGUGUCCCUUUCAGGAACACCAAUAUGGCCGCCGGAUACCAACAGAAACAUCUGUUUUCGAGUUUUCCUACUAACGCGUGAAUUCUUCGCUUGAGGAACUCAUAAAGAUUACAGUAAUAUUUAUUCUGAGACAAGGAAUGUUUAGAUUGCAAAAUCUCCCAAAAUCGGUAAUGUUUUUAACCCACAUAAGAGCUUUCCCGGCCGCCAGCUAAAUCCCGCGUCACGCAAAAGCCUGGAAAUUCAAGCGUCCUCUCUCGCAAAACGAAGAACCCCUUCGAACCAAAAAUUUGUUUAUGUAAAGGUGUGUAGGUACUGUAAUAGCCCGUGAAAGUAGAAACUCAGAAGAAUCGAUAGUUUCUGAGUUUGAUUUUUGGUGACGUCACGUGCAACCCAAGAAAACAAAAAGGGCCUUUGAAAAAUAUAAGCCCCGGGGUUUAUUUUCGGAAUUUCUCGGUAUCUUUUAGAACAGAGAAAUACUAGCAGCAAAUUCAACUCCUAUUUGGCGUCAAUUCUGGGCCACAGUUGUUGAGAGGAGAAAGCUCUCUCCACCGCGCAUGCGCCGGUCUUGCCUCCCCUCAACAACUGACUGCGCCUGCGUGUGUUGCUUGUGCUUUGCUAACGUCACAGUGUAGGCUGGGUCUUAGGAAAUUGAUGAAUUUGAUUUGAAGUUUUUUUAGUUUUAUGAGAGAAAGAGCGUAAUCUGUACCUGGACCUUUAAUGUGAGGCGUUUCCCUGCUGAGCAUCCUGCGAAAACAACAGGACUCGACUUCUUUACGUGUAUUGCGUCUCUUUUGCGGAAAUGAUUAACUUGAGCGACUGUCCGAAAGUCGGGUUGUUCACAUUUGUUGAAGGUAAAAUUAUUUUCGUGUGAUUUAGACGGGAGAGCUCCGGAGCCUCUAAAAGAAUCCCAAGAGAUGGAGCCACGUGAUGUAAGCGCAAAGAAAGACGUACCAGCAGAGGAUAACGUGACCAAGCCUUUAGUCAUUCAGAGAACAUCGUCUCCUGUGUAUGAGCAGUCGCUGUUCACUUCAUCCUCUGAGGGUCAGGCUUCGUUACAGGAAAUCUGGAAAAUGUUGGAAGCUGAAGAGAGUUUCCGGAGCCCGACUCCGAGAAAAGGGCGACCCAGCUCUCGUCAAAAACUUCCAGUCGAGCGAAAUGUGGAACCUGACUACAUUCCUGCGCGCGAUUUGCCGGAACGCGACGUGUUUGCUUUGAAAGGAAGACGAACGGAGGUUCAAACCAGGCCUGCCAAACUUCGACCAGAGAUGUCUAAAAAGGCAUCUGGGAAGGUUAAACUAACUCCGAAAAAGAUAAAGGUCAGAAAUUAUAACGUCAAAGAUGAUUAAACUGAGUUUAUGAACAGUUAAAAGAGUGUAACCACCUAGUUGGUUGGUUGUUCUCUACUAUAUACAGUCUACCCAACUCUAUUGGGACAGAACUGUCUAACAGAGUAGCCGGGAAGGUCAAGCUUUUCCAAAAAAAAGUUUAAAGUCACGGAUAACAACGUCGAGGAUAAUUAGCCUUUAUGACCAAUUGAACUAAUGUCACAACCUGUCGGUUCGUCUGUGCUCCUAAUGGUUCAUCUACGUUGCUCCGAAGAAAUAUGAAGUCAGGGCCCAUAGGCCAGUUGGCUCCGUAGCCUGCGACUGCUGAGAGCAAGCUCACCAUUUAUGGCGAGAGAACGCGCGAGCGAGCACUUGCGUCUCCUUUCGCGUGUUGCUCUCGCGUGACUUCUCGCGGCUCCCCCAAAUGGAGAGCUCGCUCGCAGGCAAUUGGCUCCGAGGCUGAGGGAUAUAAAGCGAAGGAAAACGCAGUGUGAGUGAGUUUAAUUUCAGGGAUGAAUUAGGGAGUCGGCUGAAGGAUUACAUUCUGCUUCCUUUCCCCCCCUCCCCCCCAAAGGAAGACACUGCCCUACUGCAAAGAGCA